AUGGAAAGAAUAAGGAAAGAAAUAAUUCUGAUGGAACGGGGGCUGCAUAGUCCUGCUGGCAAAAAGGUUUCGAAUUUGUCAGACUCAGCUGGAAAUGCAGUGGAGGAGGCCCUUGAAAAUUCUCAUCACAGUGGUCGGCUCAGCCCCAGACCCACUUCCGCCUCCCUUCACAACACUGUUGGGGACACCACAACAAACGGCAAAUUUGAGAUAGACCAUUUAUUCCAUCAUCAACAUUCAAGUGAUAGCACGUCCUCGUCUGAAAUUUCGUCCUCGGAAACAAGGAAAAAAUUCUCCCUUUACUCAGAACUUGCUAGUCGGGAGAAAGAAGCAGAUAUGAACAGUGAUGUUGAUGUGGGCUGUUCGACACUCCGCUCUCCAGCCGGCGUCAGUACAACGCAGCUGAAAGAAAAUACAAACAAAGUGUAUUCUGACAAUGGUAGUUCAACUAAUACUUCAUCGAAUGGGUCUAAUAUUACGAAUUUGAACGGCAACUCCGGUUCAAUAGGCAACUCGGGUUCUGGUCCUGACCAGGUGAGACGGUAUCGAACAGCGUUCACCCGAGAACAAAUCGGUAGAUUAGAGAAGGAGUUUUACAGAGAAAACUAUGUAUCCAGACCCAGACGAUGUGAGCUGGCGGCAGCCUUAAAUCUACCCGAAACUACUAUCAAGGUUUGGUUUCAGAACCGGCGGAUGAAAGAUAAAAGGCAGCGACUAGCCAUGUCAUGGCCCCACCCAGCUGACCCAAGUUUUUACACCUACAUGAUGACCCACGCAGCGGCCACUGGAAGCUUGCCUUACCCUUUCCACUCUCACGUUCCCCUGCACUAUUACCCUCACGUUGGCGUCACAGCCGCUGCAGCCGCCGCUGCCGCCACAGGUGCCACGCCCUUCCCCACCUCCAUCCGCCCGCUCGACACCUUCCGUGCCCUCUCCCACCCUUACUCGCGGCCCGAACUGCUCUGCAGUUUCCGCCACCCGGGCCUUUACCAGUCCCCCCACGGUCUGAACAGUAGUGCAGCCACAGCAGCGGCGGCCGCAGCGGCUGCAGCCGCCUCGACGCCGGCGGGCGCCGCGCCGUGCUCUUGCCUGAGUUGCCACAGCAACCAGAGCGGCGCGCUGGGGCCCAGGAGCGCGAGUUCCGACUUCACGUGCACCGCGACUGCGCAGAGGUCGGAGAGCAGCUUUCUCCCAUACUCAGCCGCAGUGCUCAGCAAAUCAGCGGCGGUAUCGCCGCCUGACCAGCGGGAGGAGUCCUCUCUGACCAGAUAA